AUGUCGCAAAUGGAUGUUGACAGAGACAGAUCUUAUGAGAGUAACAGUGGGGAGGUGGAACUCAGCAAAGUGGUGCCCAUAGCUGUACCAUAUGCCGCCAUCGAAAAGUCAAGUGUGACCGCCAACGUCCGACAUGUGGGUUUUGUGUCCAGCUCGGCACGAAUUGUGAAGCAACUAGAAGAGGUUGUAGCGUCUCUGAAAGUGCAGCAAAUCCAGAAGCUAGAAGAAGAAGUAGCUACUCUCAAAGCUCAGCAGCUUCGAGCCGAAAGCAUCCAGUCCUCUUCUCCCAACGCAGAGAGGGGCUUCCCAACUCCCCAAUCAUGGCAUGAUGAGCCCUCAGGCCCUGAGCCUACAGCACGAGAUUUACAAUUACUAUCUCCCUCAACACUAAGUGAUCUUUGCGAUGCCUGGUUCGAGAAGUAUCAUUCAUGGUUUCCAAUUCUCCACAAGUUGUCGGUCCUGUCGGCCAUCCAAAGCUCGAAUCCCCUAGUCGAUUCACCAAUAUCGAUCGUUCUGAAGGCCGUGAUAGCUGUUACGUUGCCACACUGGUGUCUAUCAAAUCCUUUAUCUGCGAUUCAACGAGAGCACAUCUCCGCCCACUUUCGCAGCCAAGUGAUCAUGCAAGCUAUUAGCACUCUGUCCUUGCAGUCACUUCAAGCAUUACUGAUAACAACGAUUCUCGACUAUGGCGCUGGCAAACUGUCCGAAUUCUGGAACCUGGUUGCUCUUUGUAAGAAAAUGGGAACACAACUCGGUCUACGAGACCUCGUCGCGAACAAAUGCGACAACUUCAACAAGCUCUCUACAAUUCCACCACGCAUGCUUGCCCUUCCCACUACCCUGAUCGAACAAGAGGAGAUGAUUCGAGCGUACUGGAUGACCGAAGCGUUAGAUAGCAUCUCCUCUCUCGGAGCCGGGUGGAACCUCUCCAUCUCUCAGCCCGAAAACCACGAAUCAAGUACAUUCCCAUGCAACGAAACGGUAUGGACGUUCCCCGAGAACGCCUCUACGGCAUUUUCAUCUUUCGGGGACACGGAAGUGAGCUCGGCUUUCUCACUGUACUUGAAUCUAGUCACGGAACAAUUGUACCAGAUCCACGCGUUUAUGCAGCAGAGUUUCGAUGUUACGAGCGCGAUUGAUAGGGUGAGGCGGCAGGCGCAAUGUACCUUCGUGGAUGAUACCUUGACGAAGUGGAGGACGAGUGUAGUGACGACGCAGACGCUGAGUCAGAGGAAUCCAGCUUCGGAUUCUACGAUCGUGAUGAUAACAGUAACUUACAACACCGCUGUGGUCGCCUUAUAUCAAAGACUGGCUUUACCACCAGAAGGACUUGGAAAAGUGCAUGGACCAUGGUACCAUGCAAUCCAGCGAUGCCUGAGUUCUUGUGAUGAUAUCAGUAUGAUUCUUCGAGCACAGCAUGACGCCGAUCUCGAGAACAUGAGCCCGCAUCUCAUAUUUUGCAUCUUUGUUGCUGCGAGAUUUUACAUUGCGCACGCAAAGGUACUUUCCGUCGAGACCCCUCGAAGUCUUGAUCUUCUUGUCUACGCAUUGAAGACGUGCAGUCAGCGAUGGUAUCUUGCUCGAAGACUAGAAAAGGUUCUUCGACACGCCAUUGCCGAAGAGAAAGUUCCGAUCAGCAUGUCUUCGCUACCACACCAGUUCUACGACCUGCAAUAUUCCUCCCUCGACAUCGAUGAAGCACUACGUGUCUGGGCUGACAGAGAGUUGUUUCAGGUCGUCGCGGAUAAUGAUGGCCAUGGAGAGACUCCGAAAGAUUUGCCUCUGUAGCUGGGGUUCAACGCCGCGAGGGAUCCACAUGCUUUAUCAUGACUAACCAAAUUCCAAAGCCGAGUCUAAAUUGUAGCUUCGGCACUUAUAGAAAGGAUUAAGCCUAAAUACAGAGCGGCAUGAUUAGUGGUCUCACGUCAGAAAAGCAGUGCUGUGCUAAGACGUGUAUAUGCGAGAAAUACAGUAAGCCAUUGCGAGUAAUUGAUUACUUAGACAGAGGGCGAGCACCAUUCUUAGAGCGGAGAUGACUGAAAAAUCUCAAGUUCUAAGUGAUUGUUGCUGGAUCCUAGUAUAUUCAAAUCUGGGUGGGAUUUUAGCACCGAGACAACUUCGCAGCGGAGUGAAAUACUCACAACUUUGCAAUAUGC